AUGCCCUCAUAUUUUACGCCAAGUGUCCUCGUGCCAGCCACAGACCCGACACCGCCCACAAAACGGCGAAGAACAUCCAGCACACAGGCAACGAAUCCGAAUCCCAUUACCAGAUCAGAUAUCUGGUUUGAGGAUGGAAGCGUCAUCCUCCAAGCAGAGCUCAAGCAGUUUCGAGUGCACCGCACCAUGCUCGCAAGGCAUUCAACCGUUUUCAAGGAUAUGUUCAGCAUGCCUCAGCCUGCGGCUGAGGCAGGAAUAGAAGGGUGCCCCAUUGUCCACCUUUCUGACACGGCUGAGGAUAUUCACCACAUACUCACGGCCUUGUACGACAAGGGCCAUAACAUGCGUCAAGCCCUGCCAUUCCCAGUCAUUGCGGCCUUGCUCCGUCUGGGAAAGAAAUACGAAUUUGACCACCUUCGCGAUGUAGCCCUCCUUCGUCUGACAUCCGAAUUUCCAACCCAAUUGGAGGAAUGGGAUACGCUUCCCGACCGCUUUACCCACAUCGUCGAUCGCAAAGGUCUUCUUUUCGAUGUCAUCAGUCUUGCUAUCGAAUGUGGGGUUCAAUCCAUUCUUCCGACAGCUUAUUUUUUGGCUGCAGACAACGUGGUCCUUAUAUUAUCGGGGCAGGAGCGCGAUGAUGGGACCAUUGCUCAACUGCCACCAGUCGCUCAAAAAGCCUGUCUGCUCGGUCGGGAAAAACUCAUCAUUGCGCUAGCUGAUGAUACCUACGAGUGGCUAAAUGGCGAAAAAAUUUGCGAGGAUUGUGAGUCGACUUCGUGUGAAAAGGCUUGCCUCAAGAUGAUACAAAAUAUUUGGAGACCGAGGCCCGACCCAACUAUAGCCCUCAAGAAGUGGUUGGAUGUUGAGGUGGUCGGCUUGUGCUAUUUGUGCCUUCCGGAGGCGGAGGAAAUUCAUGAAGCUGGAAGAUACAACCUGUGGUACAAGUUGCCAUCUCUCUUCGACCUUCCGUCCUGGUCAGGACUAACGAAUUUUGAACUGUAG